AUGCCCAGUUAAAUUAAUUAUCUAGAUACAAGAAAAUCUUCAAAUGGCUCUAUAUACUUCGAGCUGAAGAAUCUAACCUAUUUUUGUGGACAAUCAAUAACAGGAAACAUCAUAAUAGAUCUUAAGGAGUAAUAUGAAGGAAACCUAGUUGUAUUGUGUUUAGAAGGUAUAGAAGAAUUAAGCCAUCCUUCUAGUAAAAAUCAAAGUGGUUCAGUGAAUAGAAUUGUAAAAACUACUAAGCUAAUCUAUGACUUUUCUUAAUGCUAACCUCAUAAUGUGAUUGAGCCAGAUACUAUGAAAGUUUCUUUUGAAAUGGAAAUACCAAAUGAUUUAUCCUCCUAAGUAAAUAUUUUUUAUGACUAUGAAAACUGCUUCAGAAUAAACUAUUACUUGUGCGCUUAUAUAAUUCCUAGAAAUCCAAAUUAAAAGCCUUUACAGGGAAUCUAAAGAAUUCUGAUAUUCUAAGAAAAAUCAAUUGCAGAUGCUCCUAUUUAUAAAAACUUAAAAUAUUCUCCUAGAUAUAUGCUCUUUUUAGGACUUGGGUCUUAUAGUUUGAAGUUAUAUUUAAAAAAAUCUAAUUUUUACCCUGGAGAAAAUACUAUGAUUACUAUUGAUUAUGAUUUUAGUUAAUUAGAGAAGGAAGUAAAUUAAAUUAAAAUCGAUAUGAUUGGAGUGAUUUCUAAUAAUAGUAACCAACAACACACUGAAUUGAAUAUUCUUUCAACUGAAUGCGAGAUAAGCUAAAUAAAAGGAAUUGAAAAAAAAUAAAUAUUCAUCCCUGUAACAUGUCCUCUAAGUACUCAAGGUUAGUUUGCCAAGUUAUAAUUCUUCUUUUAAUUGACUCCAAUUUUAAAAAAUAAAACGUCAUAUAAGUUAAAAUCCCUAAAUUAAGAUAUUAAUAUUUAUCCUAAUUAAAACUACUAUUAAAAUAUUCACAUGCCUUAAAUAAAGCAUCCAAAACCUUAAAGCCACAAAUAAAUAACUGAAUUAACAAGCUCUUCCUCUUUAUUAAUUGAUUAGAAAAAUAAUAAAGACUUUUAGAAAUUUUCUGAUUUAUAGUAAGAAUAUUUAAAUUAUUAUGAAAUUGAAAAGAAUUUUUCUACUUGA